GAGGGUCUGUCUAGUAGUCUUCGUUUUUCCAUUCACACACACAAUGAGCAAGGGAUCCUUCUGGCGAGCUGCUGGUCUCAACUACCUCGAGUACUCCAACCUCGCUGCCCGCUACCUGCGCCGAGCACUCAAGGAGGCUCCCCAGGCCAAGGCCCUCAAGCGCGAGGAGCACAACCUCCGUGUCUCGCUCUAUGAGAACGGCAAGGCCACCCCUGCCAAGUUCCUCAAGAACACCCAGCAGUAAAACUUUCGCAAUGGUUCGUGCAAAGUCCAUCGAUUAACGACAGUGAUGCUUCAAAAAUCCGUUUUUUUGCUCGGUGUCAUUCUUGUAAAAACAACACCAAAACCUUUCACCCCGA